CGCGCAGCUCUCGCGAGCUGUCAAGAAGGUGGAAAGCAGUGGAAAAUGGCGUCUCGGGAGUCAGGCAGUUCUGUGAGCCCUAUACCUUGGGCGGCUGCGCUGCUCCUGGUUCUGGGCAUGGAAAGGGCCCUGGCUCUACCUGAGAUAUGCACUUGGUGUCCGGGAGGUGUACACAAUUUGUCCAGAGUAGCUGCUUACUGUGAGGAUACAUCGAAGCUAAUGCAGGCCCGGUGCUGCCUGAGUCAGAAGGGCACCAUCUUGGGGCUAGAUCUUCAGAACUGUUCUAUGAAGGAUCCUGGUCCAAACUUUUUACAAGCUUAUACUGCUAUUAUCAUAGACCUUCAAGCAAAUCCCCUCAAGGAUGAUUUGGCCAACACCUUCCGUGGAUUUACUCAGCUGCAGACUCUGAUACUACCACAAGAUGUCCCCUGUCCUGGAGGUCUUAAUGCCUGGGACAAUGUUACUUCUUUCACGGACAAGCAGAUUUGCCAAGGGCAAAAGGACCUUUGCAAUAGCACUGGAAGCCCAGAAAUGUGUCCUGAGAAUGGAUCUUGUGCAUCUGACGGUCCUGGUCUUUUGCAGUGCGUUUGUGCUGAUGGUUUCCAUGGAUACAAGUGUAUGAGGCAGGGCUCAUUUUCACUGCUUAUGUUCUUUGGGAUUCUGGGAUCCACCACGCUAGCCAUCUCCAUUCUACUUUGGGGAACCCAGCGCCGGAAGGCCAAGGCUUCAUGAACCACACAAGACUUCCAGCUCACCUGAGUGAGCACCCUGAUCUAUCGAGUACCGGUCGCGGCGCAGCCAGGAAGAUUUACUUCGUUGACAAUUACUGGCCAGUGAACAGAACUGCUUAAGGCUGAAGCGGCCAUUGAUCAUGAAAGAAAGUGUCAAAUUGCACCACCUCGGGGGUCUCGUGGACUCUGGUUCAGGAGUGGACUAGUACUAAUUUGUAUUAUUGACUACAAUAAACACCUUUUCCCCCC